UUUAUGUUUCUCUUAGCUACAACUACUCGACCCUCUAGGGAGCAGGUGUGCUUUGAUAACAUAAACCACAAUGAAGCAUCUACAGGCCCCUAUCUACUUUAGCGCUGCCCUUCUGGUCGCCCCCUCAAUAUGGGCACAAAGCCAGCCGAACGUUGAUGGGGAGAGAGUGCCCGCCAUUUCUCAAGUGCUAAACGAACAAGCAAGGAAUGGCUGGGCUGAUGGAAUCAUGAAACUUUCGUUCAAACAAGAAAACACGGAUGACGAUGCCGGCAAGCAGGCUAUGAGGGUCUGCGGCGAAGGACACCGAGGUCUGCUUGAAAUGAUUCUUGACACAAGUGAUGCGGACGCAAAGAUAUUGACUGUCGGGCAGUUAUCCCGCGACAAGCUUCUCAUCUACAGUGGAAUUAAUGUAGAAAAGGAGUACGACAUACAGGACAUCAUGGUUCCGGUGGAAACCGUCGACGACAGAUGUUUUGCUAUACGCGAAAAGAGAGCGAUCGGAACUGUGUAUUGUGCUCGGGAUAUGCGCACUCGCGAUCAGUGGCUCAACUAUCUUCAUGAGUCAAUCUUCUGCAAGGAAACAGGAGUCAAAGGGAAACUGCCAGCGGAGCCUGGGAAGGAAGUGGAGGAAGUGACUGUUGCUACAGAAAUCGUGCCUACCGAGGAACCAUCUGGAAUAAACCUUCAUCUGGCCGACAGUCCAUUGGGCAAACCCCGCAUUGUAAUUAACGGUCUCACAAUUCAAGAAAUGGAAGGACUGCAACAACGACGAGCUGUCUCAGAUGUGCUACCUCAGCCGCCUCACCCGAGCAUCUCGGACUUUCCUAAUCCACUCGCGGACAACGACCCCGAGAGCCCAAAUACGCUCAACUCCGAAGGAGAUCCGAAGACGGCCCAAGAGCUCGCAGCGGUCCACGAAGCGAUGGCUGAACAGAAGGAAAUCCCUCUUACUGAUGAAAGAGUUCCUAAGGCGGGCUACGCGGUUCACCAAAUGGGCAGGGAGUAGUACACGGCAGACCUUGGUGCGACCCGGCAUAGUGAAUUCCUUGUAUCGUGAGAAGGGGUGCUGUGCCCGGCGCAGAAUCGCGAAGUGCUCAACCUCAGGACUUUUUUCUAUCUAGGAAGGUUAUAUUCCGACUUCCGAACGGCUGAACAAACUCUUGUCACAUCCAUUGCAUUUUGGAAACCGCUCAAAAAGCACUUCAUACAAUCGUGAUAACGAUUACAAGAGAGGCUC